CUGUUCUGGGAUUUUUUUACAGAACAACGUCAGGAGUGUCUGCUUUUCAAAGUGAUGAAAAAAAGUAGUUGGAACGUUACAUCGCAGGGCUUGGUGGAUGUGAUAUGUUUCCAGCGGUUUAGGGAUUUUAGAGCGACCACAUAGGCGAAAGCCGCGCACAGCGCGAGACCACACCUGUGACAGGAGCAUACAGUCCAACUUUCCAAACCGCGCGAAAUACGGACCAAAAUGCCGGUUCGGCGGGGACACGUGGCUCCUCAGAACACUUUUCUGGAUACAAUCAUCAGAAAAUUCGAAGGACAGAAUCGCAAGUUCAUCAUCGCAAAUGCUCGUGUGGAAAACUGUGCCAUCAUCUUCUGCAACGACGCCUUCUGUGGCAUGUGCGGGUACACACGCGCUGAGGUCAUGCAGAAGCCGUGUACCUGCAGCUUCCUGUAUGGACCGCACACCAAGAGGCCUGCCGUGGCCCAGAUGGCCAAGGCUCUGCUGGGCUCCAAGGAGAGGAAGGUGGAUAUCUCCCUCUACACCAAAGAUGACUAAUUUGCGUCACGCACACCGGCACUUCAACAAGAAAACAGCACGGAGCUUCAAACAAACAUCAGGUAGGUUAAAUUAUAUGAUU